AGAUGCAUUUGUUUUUAAACAGAUCGGCACUUGAGAGAAUAAAAAGGAGACUGAUUGUAGAAAUACAAUGAUAUGAAGUGUUACUUAGGUCCAUGAUACAUACGUGGAUCCAGAGUGAUAGGAAUGAACUCGGCUGCAGUGUAACAUGAUCGUUGUUGGUCGAUUCAGGCCCGGUUAAUGUCAAACGAGCAUCCAGAAUUUUUAAGGACGUAAUGAACGAAGUGGAGUCUCUUCAUCAGARCAAGACUGAAAGUCUGCUUUCAGAGAAUAAACUGGAAAUGAAAGCUCCGAGUGUCCAUCAGCAGGAGGAUGUUGUUCUAAACCAAUGGUCAGCAUUUGUUGGAUGUUAAAGUAGAAGAAGAGGUUCCACAUGUGUGCAGCUCCGGUCUGGACCAGCAGGACACAGAACUCCUCAUCAUAAAGAAGGAAGAGGAGGAACUCUGGAGCAGUCAGGAAGGAGAGCAGCUUCCUGUGAAGAGUGAAGAUGAUGGSAGUCAUCGGUUAUUGCAGCUUCAUCAGAUCAAAACUGAAGAUGACACCGAGACAGAACCUCCAACCUUCAGCUCAGCUGAACACGUGAAAACAGAAACUGGUGGAGAGGACUGUGGAGGACCAGAUCCAGCAGGAUCCCAAACCGAAUGGAAGUCAGCGGCGCCUGUCGCGGGGCCUGCUGCGUCCGACGAGGAGGACUCGGAAGCGUCCUCAGCCUCCCAGCACGCGCCGGGACAGGAGAGGAGGAACGGCACGAGUCCGGCCGCGGCCGACGGGGACCGGCAGUAUUUUUGGAGGGACGGACACCAAGACACGAUGGCGGAAUUUUGGCUCCGCCACCCUAUCUUCUACGAUAAAGCGCAGCAGCAUUACAAGAACAAAGAGAUGAAGCGGCAGCUCAUGCAGGAGUUGAUUCAGCAGAACUGUGAGAACUGGGAGAAGCUCCAGAGCCCCCUGCCGACCGUUACACAAGUGGAUGCACAUUUGCGUAACAUGCGAACCCGAUUUGUGAAGCUGCUGAAACGCAAAUCUGCCGAGCCUGGGCUGUUACUGUCCUACACGGACCUGAAGAUCUGGGAGCGGUACCACUUCCUCAGCCCGUACAUUCAGCGUGGCAGGACCUCGGCAACGCACCCUGUUCCUGGUGACCAGCCUGGAGGUGAUGCUGCUGCUGCUGCUGCUGAGGGAGAUGCUGAUGACAAGACUCKGCUGUGGAGUCAGCAGCCCUCCACCUCCAAGAUCCGGACCAAAAAGAAAGGAAAGAAGAAACCCAGAAGACCAGUCACUUCGCUGUUAUCGUCCUCGCUCCUGGACAGCGAGGACAUAUCAAAGAUGGAGAUUCUGCAGCAGGCCAAGAACCUGAUCUGCAACAUCAGGAGCCCGACACGGAGCGACCACGAGCGGCGGGUCCGAGACUUCAGCCGGUACAUGGAGUCCGAGAUGCUUCGGAUCCCGGAGUCUUCGUGGGACGAGUGUAGUUUCGCCAUAAUGAAYGUGAUCCGAGGGUUCAAGGCUGCUCAGCAACCGGGUCAGCUGGCCGUGUCGCAGCAGCCGGYCUACCAGCAGAGUCAUGGAGGCCGGUACCUGCAGCAGGGAGAGUAUCACUCACAGCAGAGUGGUACGUUUUAGCCGYAGAGUGGUCAAGAUGGUGAUCAUCAUGGUCAGCACUUCUGGACCCGACAAUGAACUCCAGUUUGGGUCUGGACACUGGGUCAACACCAGUUGGACACGCCCCUCGUGAUGCCCGCCGCAUCAGCCGGUGCAAACAUCUGUUAGAACUAAAGACAGGACCAGAAGCUGGAAGUUGAAGCCACAAAGACUGAGUGGCCCCAAGWAGGCUGGCUGCAGUACAUUUUUUAAGUUACUCCAUAAAAGCAAAUGAAGCAUUUUCUUGUCUCCAGUUCUUAGACUCUUGACUCUAAAAAUACAACACGGCAGCACCCAAAAAUAUUAGCAUUUUAGCUCCUGUUUCCUGUUCUCCAUCCGACUGUGGAAGUCAGACAGGAGCUGUUUGUGGUCAAAAAGUAAACAGCCGCUGGUUUAGGAUUAUUUUUGUUUUAAACCAAAGAGUCACUCAAACCUUUUAUUCUGAAAAAGAUGAGAAAUAGAGAAAGCUCACCUGACAGGAAGCAAAAUGUUUUGAACUAAAGAAUAAGAGUCCACUUGUCCCUUUAAAGUUUUUUUUUUUAGGAUUUUUCUUGUCCUGGAUGGUUGAGAAUCUACACUGUAAUAAUUAAAGUAAAUACUUUUAUAUAAAUCAUCAGGCAGUUUGUGUUUAACAGCUGAUAAUUAUCAGCUUAACACAAACUGUGACGCUUCAGUUUAUUUCCAUCUGUUGAUCAGUGGAUAAAAACUUCCUGCGUUUGUCUGCUUCUUAAAACAUGUUUCAUUAAAUUUGGCUGUUUUUUUUGCCAAAUAYCCUGUAAAUGAGUUGAACAAAACGUGCAUCUUAAUCACAGAAUAAAGAUGCAUUUUAUAUUG